AUGCCUGGAGCAGUCACAAAACCUCGACGCCAGCCGCCAUGGUAUAGUGUCCGUAUACUUGAAGAAGAAAGACCCGAUUUGGCGGAUGCUAACGGCAAAAUAAACCUUGAGAAGAAUGAAGCUGCUUUGAUGGAUAUGUUCAUUAGAAAAAAGAGCGACUUACAAACUGGAGAUCUAAUUGUAACAGAUGAUAACUUGGAUGAAGAUGAUAGAAAAUUCAAUCGCUACGAAGUACAACUGAAGUAUAACGAGGGACGAUAUACUGCUCUUUACCUUAUAUCGCGGCAAAUUUGUGCC